CUCUGCUCUUUCUCGGAGCCGCAAAGGAGACGACGAGCAAGGAUCCGCUUCCCCUCUCCUGCAGAGCAAGCACCAGCACUAGAGAGACACACGCAGGACUCGUCCAGCUUCAACUCCGCAAACCUCUGCUUCUCUCUCUUGCUGCCACCACCGCAUGUAUUCCGUCUUUGCUUCUGCCUCCUCCGCCAUGUCUGCCGAAACCGAGAACCGUCCGCACUCUCCCGACGCCGCACCGUCGCAUGCCAUCGGCGCAAAGCCUGAGCCGGUCCGCGCUCUCUCGGCGGCUUCCACCACAUCCCGAGGCUCCAGCACCGAUGCAAACUCCCGAGACUCGCUGGGCAGUGAGCUGUCCUCUCGAAUGACCCGGCGCCGGGGCUUCAUGCGGCCUCAAGGCACCGACUUUGCGAAGAGCGCAAAGUCCCGCGAGAGCGUGAUGAACCUGGGCAGCAUUGCACACCUGCAGUACUACUUUGCCCGAACCGGCCUGCUUGAUGGCAAAGGCGGACAACUAGCCCGCAAGAAGCAGCCACGAGCAACACUGGAUCUGGCAGUCCUGGAGGGCACAGCGCCUAUGAUGGUACCGACACCGACCAGCCCAGACCUCUUUGGACAAGGUUUCAUCACCGACAAUGUCAUGGAAUCUCCCACGGGACUGGGCGAGCUGGACGACUACUCCGACGACUUCGAGGAGGACCCUGAUGUUCUCCCACCCACAGUCAGCACAUACAACCACAGGCAAAAGGUCGUUCCCAAGCCUCCAACGGUAGCGGAGCUUAAGGCAGAGCUAGAGACGACGCUGCGAGAUGCGCUCAAGGUCCUCAAGGAAGCAAAAGCCCAAAAAGCAGGGUCACACCGUGCGGCCAGCGAUGCCUCUCAGGUCAACAUGCCUGCAGAAAACACCCAGAGCUGGUACGAGCUACAGGGCAUGAAUAUCCUCGACUUCCUGACCUUGGCCAUCCGCGCCGCCAAGAACUACUACACAGCCCACGAACUGCCUGACCGGUUGGACUCGAUCAAAUCGGAAAAACAAAUCCGGACAGAUCUCUUGGGCGUAAUGGAGGUGCUGAAGCAGAUGGCCAUCAGAAACUUCAAUGACGGCAUGAGAAUGGAAGAGAUUGACACCAUGAUUGCCUGGAUCGAAAGUGUUUUUGACAUCCUCAAGAAGGAGGCGGCCAUUGAAGCAACGGAACAGGCCGAGCGACAGAGCUGGUCGUGGAUGACGGGCGACUGGACUGGCAAAGAGCUGGAACGUGAACGGCAUUUCCUCCUUUCCAUGGACCCCGACGACGAACCACUGCCUGAGUGGACGCCAGCUUCCAGCGCCGCCGAACAACCGACACCGUUCCUAGAGGCCAUGCAAAACGGGCUUAGACUUGUGAGGCUGCACAACGCCGCAGUCAAGAAAUCCAGGAGACGAUUCGGAGCGAUCCCAACCUUCCACGUCGACACGCAGAAGCCAUACCGGAGCGCCGACAACCUCCGAUACUGGGCCAAGGCUGCCGAGCUGCGCUUCGAGUGCAAGAUCUCCAUCGACGCCCUGGGCAUUGUGUACAACAAUGGCCCCCAAGUCUGGCUAGAUUUUGAAGCGGCCAUCCUAAAGUGGUGUGCGCAUGUGAGGGAAGAAAUCACAAACGAGUUGGUCUAAGACCCUUGUACUUGCUUUUUGCACUUUCCUCUUUUUUUCACUUUUUUUUUCUUUAAUUGCGUUUUAAUAAUCGUUUUAAUACGUGCAUCUGCUCAUACACUUGUUAUUAAUACAGCAGAAAAAAGGCUUUUUCGCUCCUUGACGAAUUCACGUUUCGAUAAACAGACAUUUGACUGGAGACUUCUUUUUUCAAUACUUUUUUUCUGCUGGAACAUGUGGCCUAUCGCCAUCUUGGCCUACAACUAUUUUUUCUAGCCCUUUUCUUUUUGGAUUAUCAUUGAUUCUUUCAGGACAUAUACAUACAGAUACAUCGAGACAGAGGGACCGGUUUUCUCUCACUGAGACAAAGAUUGACGCUAUAUUACUACCAAGGACACGCAUUUUUUUUCCUCUGUUCCCUCUCUCUCUUAAUUUUCGGUCUCUAAUUUCCUUACUAUAUCUUUUUCAUACCUCUUUUUAGCCUGUCGAAUUUACAUCGCUGGCGAGGUGUCUUCAUUACUUGUCCAAUUCCUUUUUUUACCCCUUCUUACUUGGCCCAACAGAUUUUCUUUUCUUUCCUUUAUGUAUUCUCACUAUAAACAUACACCUUUUUUAUUUUUGUCAAUUGGGUCGAGAGGAAGAAAAAGAACUAGACAAAAAAAACGAAACAAAAAAAAACACACAUCAAACAGAAUGCUGUACAAAUAUAUGGAUGGAUGGGUGGAUGGAUUGGAAGGGAGGAAUUGAAUAGCGCGACGAGCCUGACCUCAGAAUGCUAUGUCGGCCAAGAUAUAAAUACCCCCGUGGCGUGAGCGCAGGCGCAGGCACAGAAGAAGGAUAUUCUUGUUUCGAUAACGGUGAGGUGGACAGAAUGGUAGACUGAGAAUGAAUACAAUUGGUUAUUCACAGUA